AUGAUCCACAAGGACGAGAAUCACAACAGGACGCUUGCGGGAUUUCUAUUUUCGUUUUUCCCAUUUUCCCGAUUUUGCUAUCUUGGUUCUCCGGAACAUAUGACUCCAGUCUCUCUCGUGGACCAGUAUGGCAAAAGCGCAGGCUUAUUGAAAGACGAGAAACGCAGCGGCAAGUUGUACUUCAAGGCCCUCGACUUGCUACUACAGCGAUAUCUUCACCAAGAAGGAGAACCUCCGAUGAUGAAGGGUGUUGAAGCCGCCACAAGAUCAUCGUCCCCGAGAAAAGCAACUACUACCUGGGAACGCGCGCAGGCGUUGGUCGAAGCCGCGCACUCUCGAAUAUUCUCUAAUCCUACAGUGGACCCACAUGAGGAGCGGUUAUUUCGAGAGCUCGAUGCCCAGUUCGACGCGGAAGAGCGGUUAGCCGAAGGACUCGGCGACGUUGACCCGACGCUGCUAGAAAACCCGCCGCCGGGUGCUUUGGUCAGGCCGGUCUCCGCGCUCUUUGACUUGGACGAGGUGGAUUCCGACGGAAGGAGAACGGGGCUGCGUGGCCGCUGGAACAGGCAGACAAAUGCGGACCCGUUUCUCCUCCGCUUCACUCCAGACCUCGACGUAUCCAAGAAAAAAACACCAUCUCGAGCACAUUUAGGAGGUUUUCGAUCAGAGAUUUGUCUCGCAUGACAAAUUUUCCUUGUAUUGCAAAAACAUAAGGGAGACCGCGUAAGUAUAAAUCUUGACUGUGAUGCAUUUCUGCGCAUGACAAAAAUUUUUGUAAAUGCAAAAACGUGCAAAAUUGAUUGCGAUAGUGUUUUUUUCUUGCAUACGACGUCCCGCACUUGCAGUACGCGAUGGUUAAUGUCACGCACUCCUCGGAGUUAUUCCUGCAACCAUAUCAAAUCAAUGCAAAUAUGUCUGGGUCUGGAAGAGCGCAACGUUUGUCAUGUACACUUUACAUGAGCCACGAUGUCCGUGAUUCAUGUUCUAGCACCACAGAUGAGAUUUUGUGAGGGCAUAAUUCUGAUUCCAAUACCGCAUGAGAAAUGGCCUCUCCGCUUAGCAAAAGUUGGACCUCUUUUCCUGUUCAUGCAAUACAGAUUUUGGUCGUAAAGUGGAUGACUAAUAUGGGUAGACGCUGAGAGGCAAAAAGGUUCAUCCAAUACAGAUUUUGAUUUUCCGUAGGUAGAGUCCAAAGGCAGCAUCACAAGUUCGUUGCAAUCUUCCAGACGCAGACCCAGACAUAUUUGCAAAGCAUAACCCGAAGCACAGCACAAAACCCAGCUCACUUCCCGCCCGGAAGCGGACCCUGGAGCUGGACUCUCUCUACAACCUCCGGGACAUUAUGCCUAUUGCUGCUGCAUCGCAGUUUGCGACUUCUGCAGAUCGAGCUGUCUUCGAGGCGCCGCCAGGGCUUCACAACAUGUGUGUUGAGUCGUGUGCUCUGUACAUGUGGGAAUACGUGAAUGGGCACUUCGCGGACACGCCGGACGAUGCUGCGGAUGAUCCCAUCUUUAGAGUAUUUCUCCGGGCACGGGGAGCGCUUGUGCGGUACGCCGAAGAUCCUGACUAUCCCGGCGCCGUCUCCAAAGUUGGCUUUUUUGGCGACCCAGACGCUGUGGCGGAAGUCCUACACGCGCGAUGGCAGGGUGAUUGAGCAACGGUCUGGUGGGGUGGAUCAAUUUACUUUAGUAUCUUCACCCCAGAAAAAAUCCCACCUGGCGGACCUGUCUUGUUUUCCAGCAGCUCAGAUCCAGACUGAUUGUGAUUGUCUAUCAGCAUUCCGCUUGUAGUACUGAUACUGUGAAUAAAAUGUAUACUUCAUAUGAAGGCUUCAAGAAGUUUAAGUACUUGAAU